CGGCUCGUGUCGAAAAAUGGUGGCGCGGGAGGAACUCCGCGUGGUUCGCUGCGGCGGGAGCUGGUUGAGCGGGUGUCGCGCGGUGUUUUCUGCGGAUUCGAAGUAUCUCCUAUGUGCUUCAGGUGACUACAUUAAAGUCUACAGUACACUUACAGAAGAAUGUCUACAUAUCCUACAAGGUCAUACCAAUCUAGUGACAGGAAUCCAGUUGAAUCCUCAAAAUCAUUUACAGCUUUAUUCAUCGUCUCUAGAUGGCACUAUUAAACUCUGGGAUUUUAUGGAUGGAAUUCUUAUCAAGACAUUUGUUGUUGGGUCUAAACUCUUUGCAUUUUACACCCUUGCAAGUUUGGAGAAUUCUGCAUUUAUCAUCAUUUCAAAUCCUAACGAUGAAAAAUCAGAUACGUUUCAACUAAUGACAGUGAAACUUCCAAAAACACCCGAUCAAGAAGUGGAAGCCAAUGAGCUAGAAAUGGUUUUAAAUGGUAUAAGCCAGUCGCCCAAAUGUACUGCAUUUGGAAGAGAUGGUGAAUAUGUAGUAUCAGUCUGGAAGCUUCAUCUUGUUGUUUGCUUCUUCAAGAAGAAUAAGAUUUACAGCUUCUCUGUAGGUAAAAAUCUUAGGAAUGCUUCAACCAGCUAUUUCACCUGCGUAGCCUGUCACCCAAAGGAAGACUGCAUAGCAAGUGGACACAAAGAUGGCAAAAUGCGUCUUUGGAGAAAUUUUAACCAUAAGAGAGAAUAUACAUUUUCUACAAUGCAUUGGCAUCACAAUGAAGUUAUCGAUCUUGCUUUCUCUGUAGAAGGCACUAGCCUCUUGAGUGGUGGGAUCGAAUCAGUGCUGGUUCAGUGGCGAGAUGGGUCAGAUGCUAAAAAGGAAUUCUUGCCUCGUUUAGGGGCCACAAUACAGCACAUCUCUGUCUCACCUGAUGGAACUCUCCUUUGUACUUCACAUUCCGAUAACAAGAUAGUAAUCAUACAUAGCAACCUGAAAGUUUCUGCAGUAAUUCAAGGAUUAAUCAAAGGCAGUGAUGUCAAGACUGGUUUGAUAGUUGAUCCAAGAACGAAGGCUUUGGUUCUAAAUGGCAAGCCGGGACACCUGCAGUUCUAUUCACUGCAAAAUGAUAAAUUAUUGUACAACCUGGAUGUUGUGCAGCAGGAGUAUAUUUAUCAGUCGGGUCUGGACCAGAUUGACUUACUGAAAGCUGCAUUUCAUUCCAAAGGUGACUGGCUGGCUACUGUGGAACAACGGCAAGGAAGCGGCAGUGAGGUUGAGAUGCAGCUGAAACUCUGGGCCUACAGUGAGCAGACCCAAAGCUUUACUCUAAACACACGAAUAAAUACACCACACGAGGACUGCAUAACAGCGAUGUGUUUCCGUGACACAGAUGGCUCUGAAAAUGUAACCCCAACUCUGGUAACAACCAGCAAUGAUGGACACUUCAAGGUCUGGAUGCUGCUGGUGGAUAAAGACAGUGAAACAGAUGAAAGCGUAACUUGGACCUGCGAUUUUGUGGGAAGCUAUCAUAAUUAUCAAGCUACAAAUUGCUGCUUCUCUGAAGAUGGCUCUUUACUCGCUGUUAGCUUUGACAAAACGAUCACCCUGUGGGAUUCUGAAACAUGGGAUUUAAAAUGCACUUUCUGCCAUCCUCCAGGGACUAUAACGAGCCUAUGCUUUGGGAGGCUGAUUUCUUCCAAAUAUCUCCUUGGCACCACCAGCAGUGGCUUUUUGUGCUGCUGGAACUUGCUGAAUUGUUCACUGGAAUGGAGUGCCCAGUUACGUGUCAACAUUCUUCAGCCUGAUCAUCUGUCUGAGAAUAUUGUCGCAAUUUCUCAGCACUCAGAAUAUUCAGAUGUGUUUGUGUUCAAGCCCAGCGAACCACGGCCCUUGUGUAUCCAAAGGAAUGUCUGCAAAGGGAAAGUCCAGUGGGCUGUCUUUGUUCCAAGAGAUGUGCCUGAAUAUAUUACCUCCGAAAAAUAUCAGUGGCUUAGCCAGUCUCAGUUUUAUUUUCUGACUGAAACGCACGAAUUAAUGACUUUUAGCACAAAGACCCCAGAAGAGAGACUUACGCCUUCCAGUAGACAGUUAGCAGUUGAGGAGAACAUUUCCAUGACUCCUUUUUACCUCUUACUGGGGAAGCAUCGGCAGCAAAUGAAAGAGGGAAUGGAUAUUGGGAAAGUUCCUGUGCAGAAUCUGCUAGGUCAAGAAUCACCUGCUGUUAAAGAACUGCUUCAUACUCCAGCACAUGUGUUGCCUUCAGCUUCUUUCUUAUGUCCUCUUUUUAUUCACUCUUUGCUGGUGCCUAGAACAAGCACUAGUGAAAUUGCUGACGAAGUGGAAAUGCUAAGUGACAGUGAAGAGAAGGAGUCCGAAGAGGAAUCUGAGGUUAUUGAAGUUUGCCCAGAGGCUUCACAGACAGCAGAAUGCUUUGGGGAGAGUGUCUCUAAAUUAUCAAAACUUCAGGAAAGAGAACUUCGUAAAUUAAGGAAAUUGGACUACAGCUGGGCCUCUGGACUCUAAACCUGUGACAUUUGCAGACUUUUUUUUUACAUAUUUCUUCCAGUAAUUUAAUAAAAUGCCAAAUAAAAGUUAAGCUUUCUUUGUCGCUUUUGCUAUUAAUAUAAAAUAAAUCUUCAGGGCAUUCUUAGACAUCGCCCAUCAUUAGGCUUGAGCAUGCUUGCCUAAAAAAAGAGAGAGCUUUGUGGUGAAAACAGGGCUUCUGUUAGAAGAGCCUUUCCUUUUAUACGUUACUUUGGGCCAAGAUUCAAGAGCGUCGCAAUUCAAGUGUUUGUGUAAAUAAAUGCACCUUAUUUUAGACAUCGGAAGCAUUUACCUGCUUUGUGUUGUAAAAAAAUUAAUAAUAAGGCUGUAACACGGAAGCUAAGGGAUCUUUUGCUUGAGAAGAAAAGCAGUAACCCGUUCUGAGCUGAAAGAAGUAUUUGCUAAUCUGCAUUCCUAAAAUGUCUAGAGAUGCCUGGGGCAGAGUUUGGAAAUCGUAAGACAUUCAAAACAAAUCUCCUUUUGUCAAAUGCAGGCAGUAGAAAUGAAAUAGCUAAUGAAGAGGUCAUUGAGGAUGCUGAAAAAUAGCAGUCUGUGCGAAACAGUUGAUCAGAAAAGAAAACGGUUUCGAGCAUUAAGGGGUGUGUGUCUGUGUAUGCUGGGACGAGAGGGCUCUUAUGAAUUUGAUACUGUAAACAAUGUUGGUUCAGAAUGGUUUUCCCCUUAGCACUGUUUCUUGCGGUAAAAACAGCUUCAGAAACAAAGAAUGACUCGCCCAAGAAUGUUCUAAGUUGUAUAAAUCACCAGCAAAACUAUUUUUUAAAUGAUUUGCAUUA